ACCGGAAGUGACGCGAAAGUCGUUUUGUUGACAUUUGUUUGCGAAAGACAAAAACAGUGGGCUCACACCGGACGGUGCAUCUUUGGGCGACUCGUCUAACCGGGAACGUGAAGUCGCGCAGUCGUUGAUUUGAACAGAGCCGCCGGUGCGGAACGAGCUCGCCGCCCGCGUUGGACCCGCGCAACAGACCGAAGAAGACACGACACCAGAGGAGACGCGGACCACGUCGGGGACAAAACAAACCCGCUUCACCCCGGGUUGCUUCAGAGGCUGAAUCAUUCACAGGCUAACCGGCCGUCCGCCGAGUCUUCUCUUAAAUAACGUGUUUACUACACGCUGGGAGUCGGUCGGGAGUCGCCAUAAGAAUGUGAAGCGCAAUGGCCAACUUUGAAGCUUACCGGGAGUACCAGCGGAUCGAGGACUUCGAGGAGGACUCGCCGCCAGGGGAGGAGGAUUUACUGGUGCACGUGCCAGAAGGCCUAAAAGACUCAUGGCACCAUAUCAAGAACCUGGAUAACUUCUUCAAAAGGAUCUACCAUUUCCAUCAAAAGAAUGGCUUCGCCUGUAUGAUGUUAUCAGAGUUCUUUGAACUCAUUCAGUUAUUGUUUGUUGUCACGUUCACAACAUUCCUUGUCAACUGCGUGGAGUACGAUGUCCUGUUUGCCAAUCGCGUGGUCAACCACACCGGGCCGGGCCAGAACCCCUUGGACAGGAACAAGGUCACUCUUUCAGAUGCCAUCCUCCCCAGUCAGCAGUGCACGGACAGGAUUCAAGAGAACAGCUGGAUCAUAUUCCUUCUCAUCAUGGCAGCCAUCUUUUGGAUCUAUCGACUUGUCAAAGUCUUUUGCAAUGUUCUCAGCUACUGGGAGAUCAGGCAGUUCUACAUCAAAGCUCUGAAGAUCCGAAUGGAUGAAUUAUGCAACUUCACGUGGCAGGAGGUCCAGGACCGACUCAUCAGCCUGCAACGAGAACAGCAAAUGUGCAUUCACAAGAAAGAGCUGACUGAACUCGAUAUCUAUCACCGCAUCCUGCGAUUCAAGAACUACAUGGUGGCCAUGAUCAACAAAUCGCUGCUGCCGGUGCAGCUGCAGCUCCCCCUGCUGGGCAACGUGGUGUUCCUCACCCAGGGCCUCAAGUACAACUUCGAGCUCAUCCUCUUCUGGGGUCCCGGCUCUCUGUUCCAGAACAAGUGGAACCUGCACCCCAAGUACAAGCGGCAUGGAAACCGCCUGGAGCUCGCGCAGCAGCUCAGCCGAGUCAUCCUGCUGAUGGGCGUGGCCAACCUGCUGCUGUGUCCCUUCAUCCUGGUGUGGCAGGUGCUCUACGCCUUCUUCAGCUACACCGAGGUGAUCCGCCGGGAGCCCGGGAGCCUGGGCGCCAGGCGCUGGUCGCUGUUCGGGCGCCUGUACCUGCGGCACUUCAACGAGCUGGACCACGAGCUGCACGGCCGCUUGGGCCGCGGCUACAAACCCACGUCCAAAUACAUGAACUCCUUCACGUCCCCGGUGCUGACGGUGCUCGCCAAGAACUUUGCCUUCUUCUCGGGGUCAGUUCUGGCCGUGCUGAUUGCGCUGACGGUGUACGACGAGGAUGUUCUGACGGUGCAGCACAUCCUGACUGCCAUCACGGUGCUGGGCGUGGUCAUCACCAUCGCCAGGUCCUUUAUCCCAGAUGAACACAUGGUGUGGUGUCCAGAACAGCUGCUGCAGUGUAUGCUGGCUCACAUUCACUACAUGCCAGACCACUGGAGGGGCAACGCCAACAAGAGCGAGACCCGUGACGAGGUGGCACAGCUGUUCCAGUACAAGGCGGUGUUCAUUUUGGAGGAGUUGCUCAGUCCGAUCGUCACGCCCUUUAUUCUCAUCUUCCACCUGAGGAAUAAAUCUCUAGAGAUCAUUGACUUCUUCAGGAACUUCACGGUCGAAGUGGUCGGAGUCGGAGACAUCUGUUCCUUUGCGCAGAUGGACAUCAGACGUCACGGAAACCCGACGUGGAUGUCAGAGGGCCAGACGGAGGCCUCCGUGUACCAGCAGGCGGAAAAUGGCAAGACCGAGUUGUCGCUCAUGCACUUCACCAUUAAGAACCCUCGCUGGCAGCCGCCUCAGGAGAGCUCGGUGUUCAUCAGCCAUCUGAAGGAAAAGGUGCAGCACGAUGCACAGGGGGGCCCCUCCACCCAGCUGCUGCUCUCCGAGGCUCCUCUCUGCACCUCCCUGCAGUCCAACGAGCCCGGCACCGGGCCUGAUAAUCUGCUGGCCAGUGUCCUGGCACACCCCAUCCUCACCGCCUCCGGGCUACAAGGGCGAGACCACCGCUUCGUCCCGCCCAGCACCGCCGCCUCCGCCGCUGCCAGUGUCCUGGCCUCCCUGUCCGCCUCCCAGCUCCCGCACGCCAGCCGCGGCCGCGCCCACGGCCUGCUGCCCGCGUCCGUCCACCCCGAGGGCGCCAUGUACCGCAGCGACCGCACCGCCGCGGACAGUAUGUCCCGCAGUGACUCUCGCGUCCGGAGCAACACGCUGCACUCGGAGUUUGCCUCAGCGGAGAUGAGUCUUCAUGCCAUCUACCUGCAUGAGCUCCACCAGCAGAGCUCCCACCCACAGAGGCCGUCGGGGCAGUGGCAGAACCCCGUGCCAAUGAGAGAUCUGCACACCAAUGCUGGUCUCCAGGCCAACAGCGGACUCGGUGCCAGCAUUUCCAUGCACACCCCUGUGCACCUCGGGGGCUGGCAAGAGGAGGAGGAAGAGGAGAAUGAAGACGAUCAGGAGAUUAAUAGUGGAAAUGCUCCUAAACAGGCCGGCGGUGGCAGUUGUUAAAGUGCCUUUUGUCACAAGGUAUAAGCUCUAUAACACAACACACGUCCACCACCUUUGCUCGCUGGUUCCGUUUCCUUUGGUCGAACCCAACGACAAUGGCCUUUUAUCCAACAAGGGAUGCGUCACGUGAUCAUUUCUCCCCCCUCUCUCAUUUCUUUUGAUGGUGUUUACAUUUAGUUUUUCGUCUAUGAACUUUGUGGCCUUAGAUGAUCUUCACGGGGAGUUUAGCGCGUGGACCUUUUUUAAAACAUCAUCCGGCGUUUUGUUUCUCGGAGCGGCUCGUUGAAUAACCACUGCACCGCCGCGCCUCGUCCUGUCGCAUCAGGCGGACUCAUGGCAUCAGGGAACCCGCACGUCUUCCGCCCGACCCCCGAUGACCUCGUCCCAAACUUGUGCAGGCAAACUGUGCGACGUGACGGAGAGACGUUGUGCAUCCGGGGGAUCACUGUGUGAAAAGGAGCGCAGGCGGCUCAUCUCCACUUCUGCUGUGUGUGUGUGUGUGUGUGUGCGUGUGCGUGUGCGUGUGUGCGUGUGUGUGUGUGUGUGUGUGUGUAGAACUCGCAGAGAUCAUCUGUGCUACAAAGACAGCUAACUGUAUCGCAGCUGCCUGAACACUUAUGAUCAACUGAAAAAGAGGAUUUCAUAUUUUAACCCUGGCGAUUUGUAUAUACACUUUUGCAUCCUCGUCAUCCUUUUGAAGGUCCACAUUUUUACUACCAGAGCUUAUCCUUGAUAAUUAUACCAAGUAUUGAUUUGAUGGGUCAACUGUACAGGAGCCGAACUACUAAAUCACCAUGUGCACCCGGACACACACACGUGCUGCUGUCUGUGAUUAGUGGGUCUAAGUACAGAUUUUAAUCAGUAUUAAUCUUUGCGGAGCAUAUUUAAGGAAACUUUCACUCUAAAACGGGACAGAAAUGAUGGAAAACACCUGGUAUCCCAAUGCAGAUGUCUACUAAAUAUAAGAAGUCUACUUAAGCUGGACACAAAUUCAGCUUUAUGCCUUAACACCCAUUUAAUUACAUAUAAAUGAUAGUGUCUGUAUUACCUCAGUGGUGGUGAAGAACUAUUCCUCCAAUUAAUACCUCUGCAGUUUAAAUACUCGUGUAAAUUCGUUCAUACAAUAUGGCUUUUCUUCGCAAUGUGCAGAUGCAUCUUUUAACUUCAUUUGGAUUUGAACGCACGUGUAAGUAGAAUCUGUUGCUUCCUGCCCAGGCGGCAGUUUUAAGGAACAAAACAGGGGUGUUGCUUCAACAAAUGUUUGUGCACAAAACGCUUUUGUUUGCAUCCUUCUUUUCCAAAACACUUAAGAUGAGGUUAAGGGCUGAUUUUAGGGGCGCUGUUGCCUCUGCAGCUUUAGGUUUGAAAAUAUUUGGCCAGCAGUUGUUGGCUUUAUACAUGAGGAAAAAAAGCCUCCACAGUCUAAAUGAUUUGUUAGUUUUAGGUUUAUUUAUUACCUUUUGCCCCCAUUUUUUGUGUAUUAUUUAUUUGAAGAAAAUAUUCAGAUUGUUUGUAAAAUUAUUUACUUUCCAAAUUCUUAUUAAAGAAAAAAAAAAAAACAAGUUCCCCACAAAAAAGUAGUUUGAAAUUGAAAUAAAGCAAUUUCAUGUAUGCAAAGAUAAAAUGGCUAGCUGCAUGGUUCUUAUUGUGACUCACACUUAAAAUAAAGUGGGACUAAAUCUGC